CCUAGCGCUCCCGGUCGGGUCGAGCCCAGUGGAGGCGACGGAGCCCCUGGAAUCACCCGGGUCACCGUUCCUGAGGUGAAACGCGAGCCCGGUUACCGAAAUCUCACGACCCGUGUCGGGCCUGGCCAGCAGCUGCAGAGCCAGGGCAUCGAGGGCUGGAGUGGAGCUGACACUGUCCAUGGAGCUGGUCGACAGGGUGGACAGGGGGCGGUGGUGAUGGCGCAGUUUGACACUGAAUACCAGCGCCUAGAGGCCUCCUACAGCGAUUCACCCCCUGGAGAGGAGGACCUGUUGGUGCAUGUUCCUGAGGGGAGCAAGUCACCUUGGCACCACAUCGAAAAUCUUGACCUCUUCUUCUCUCGAGUUUAUAAUCUACACCAGAAGAAUGGUUUCACUUGUAUGCUCAUCGGGGAGAUCUUUGAGCUCAUGCAGUUCCUCUUUGUGGUUGCCUUCACCACCUUCCUGGUCAGCUGUGUGGACUACGACAUCCUAUUCGCCAACAAGAUGGUGAACCACAGUCUUCACCCGACCGAGCCCGUCAAGGUCACUCUGCCAGAUGCCUUUCUGCCUGCCCAAGUCUGUAGUGCCAGGAUUCAGGAAAAUGGCUCCCUUAUCACCAUCCUGGUCAUCGCUGGUGUCUUCUGGGUCCACCGGCUCAUCAAGUUUAUCUAUAACAUUUGCUGCUACUGGGAGAUCCACUCCUUCUACCUGCAUGCUCUGCGCAUCCCCAUGUCGGCACUUCCAUACUGCACGUGGCAAGAAGUGCAGGCCCGGAUCGUGCAGACCCAGAAGGAGCACCAGAUCUGCAUCCACAAGCGUGAGUUGACAGAGCUGGACAUCUACCACCGCAUCCUCCGGUUCCAGAACUACAUGGUGGCGCUGGUGAACAAGUCCCUCCUGCCCCUGCGCUUCCGCCUGCCCGGUCUCGGGGAGGUUGUCUUCUUCACCCGGGGCCUCAAGUACAACUUCGAGCUGAUCCUCUUCUGGGGACCAGGCUCUCUCUUUCUCAACGAAUGGAGCCUCAAGGCUGAGUACAAACGUGGGGGGCAACGGCUGGAGCUGGCCCAGCGCCUCAGCAACCGUAUCCUGUGGAUCGGCAUUGCCAACUUCCUGCUGUGCCCCCUCAUCCUCAUCUGGCAGAUCCUCUACGCCUUCUUCAGUUACGCCGAGGUGCUUAAGCGGGAGCCAGGUGCCCUGGGUGCGCGCUGCUGGUCGCUCUACGGCCGCUGCUACCUCCGCCACUUCAAUGAGCUGGAGCAUGAGCUGCAGUCCCGCCUCAACCGAGGCUACAAGCCUGCAUCCAAGUACAUGAAUUGCUUCUUGUCACCGCUGCUGACACUGCUAGCCAAGAACUGCGCCUUCUUCGCUGGCUCCAUCCUGGCCGUGCUUAUUGCCCUCACCAUCUAUGAUGAAGACGUGCUGGCUGUGGAACACGUCCUCACCACCGUCACACUCCUGGGGGUCACCGUGACCGUGUGCAGGUCCUUUAUCCCGGACCAGCACAUGGUGUUCUGCCCUGAGCAGCUGCUCCGCGUGAUCCUCGCUCACAUCCACUACAUGCCUGACCACUGGCAGGGUAAUGCCCACCGCUCGCAGACCCGGGACGAGUUUGCCCAGCUCUUCCAGUACAAGGCAGUGUUCAUCCUGGAGGAGUUACUGAGCCCCAUUGUCACACCUCUCAUCCUCAUCUUCUGCCUGCGCCCACGGGCCCUGGAGAUUAUAGACUUCUUCCGCAAUUUCACCGUGGAGGUUGUCGGUGUUGGAGACACCUGCUCCUUCGCUCAGAUGGAUGUUCGCCAGCAUGGGCAUCCCCAGUGGCUGUCCGGUGGGCAGACGGAGGCCUCAGUGUACCAGCAGGCCGAGGAUGGGAAGACAGAGUUGUCACUCAUGCACUUUGCCAUCACCAACCCUGGCUGGCAGCCACCACGUGAGAGCACGGCCUUCCUAGGUUUCCUCAAGGAGCAAGUUCAGCGGGACGGAGCAGCUGCUGGCCUUGCCCAAGGGGGUCUGCUCCCGGAAAAUGCCCUCUUUACGUCCAUCCAGUCCUUACAAUCCGAGUCUGAGCCACUGAGCCUUAUUGCAAACGUGGUAGCCGGCUCAUCCUGCCGGGGUCCCCCACUGCCUAGAGACCUGCAGGGCUCCAGGCACAGGGCUGAAGUCGCCUCUGCUCUGCGCUCCUUCUCACCUCUGCAGCCUGGUCAGGCUCCCACAGGCCGGGCUCCCAGCACCAUGACAGGCUCUGGGGUGGAUGCCAGGACAGCCAGCUCCGGGAGCAGCGUGUGGGAAGGCCAGCUGCAGAGCCUGGUGCUGUCAGAAUAUGCAUCCACUGAGAUGAGCCUACAUGCCCUCUACAUGCAUCAGCUCCACAAGCAGCAGGCCCAGGCUGAACCUGAACGGCAUGUGUGGCACCGCCGGGAGAGUGAUGAGAGUGGGGAGAGUGCCCCUGAAGAGGGGGGCGAGGGGGCCCGGGCCGCCCAGCCUAUCCCCCGCUCUGCCAGCUAUCCCUGUGCUGCACCCCGGCCUGGAGCUCCUGAGACUACUGCCCUGCAUGGGGGCUUCCAGAGGCGUUAUGGAGGCAUCACAGAUCCUGGGACAGUGCCCCGGGCUCCCUCUCACUUCUCUCGGCUGCCCCUGGGAGGAUGGGCUGAAGAUGGGCAGUCAGCAUCAAGGCACCCGGAGCCUGUGCCCGAAGAGGGCUCAGAGGAUGAGCUCCCCCCUCAAGUGCACAAGGUAUAGACGAGGCGGAGGAGGGUCCCUAUGCCUCAGGAUGGAGGCCAUCGUUGCCCUGCCGUCCCAGAGGAGGGUCCCUGUGCCCCAGGAUGGAGGCCAUUGCUGCCCUGCCAUCCCAUCCGUCCGUCAUGGAGGGCUCCCGAGUGCUGCCUGGCUCCACGCGUGUGGUGUUUGUGUGUCCGUGCCUGGCCAAGGGAGGUGCCAAUGCUGGGCUCGCCACAGCCCCAGGAGAGAGACGGGGGGCCUGGGAAACAGGGCACACGGGACUCUAGCCUCAUCCCCAGGACCCCCCUUGGCUCAGAGUGUGGUGCUAGAAACUGGUCCCCAGCCCAGCCCCAGUACUGCCACCUUUGCACCCACCCCUGCAAGUCUCCAGAGGACUCCCCACCCCAGAAGCUGCCAAGCAGGGAGAACGUGUGCCAACUGUGGAGUGGGAAGGUUGGGCCUGGACCCUCAACCUCUGCAGCCUCCUUCCCCACCCCCGAACAGAUGAGCAGCUCAGGCUGUGGCCCUUACCUCACCCCCAGUUCUCUCCCAGCGCUGCAGCCUGCUCACCUCUCCCCUGCUUCCUGCACAUACAUCACUGGCAUGUUUGCCACUUGCUCCCUUUCUGUUCCCUUGCUCCCCCCUUCUGUUCAGCUUUUGCUUUGUGUUGGUGUGGAGGCUUUAGCUCCCAGCUCCCCUCAUGCUAUCUUUUGACACUAAGAAGGAAGGUUUCUAAACUGUGGAGCAGGGAUGGAAAGUCUUUGCUGUCCUCUCCAACUUUUUAGGAUGGGCCCCUGGGAGACUCGAGGCCUUCUUGGCCCCCAUUGCUGCUUAUUGUACUCCGUACCACCUGCACAUGGGAUGGAAAGGGCCGGAGUGUGACCUCGGCUGUCUGUCUCCCAGCAAGAGCGCUCUGGCCUGCAUCCCGCUGUCCCGAGAGGGGGAUGCAGGGGCGACAGGAUGGCUUCGCCCUCGGCUGUGGGCUGCCGCAUUGCAUGCUGGGACCCAACUCCUUUCCCUCCCCCUGCCCCCCUCCCCCAGCUCGGGUCGGCUGUGGGUGAGCGGUUGAACUACCCAGCCGAACUUACAGCGGAAUGGGGUGGGGGACCGUGUACAGCUUGACAACCUUUAAUAAAGAAGGGACUGACUAGGU